UAAAUUUGUUGUCUUAUAACUUUCAUUUACGUAUUGCAGCUACAUAUGUAAGUCAAUGUUGCCGUGAUAUGAUGUUUCAAUGAAUGCGUUGCGCUGAGGGACAGUGCUGCAAAUUCGUGUAAUAAAUAUAGUUAUAUAAGCCAAAGCCAAAUUUUGCCGAUUUUACUUUGGUAAGACAGGCCAACUUUUGCAAUCAGAUCACACAAGUCAUGCCACGAGGUAAACGUCGAGCUCCAGAAAUCGGUGACAAUAUGGAUGGCCAAUCAAAAAGAGCACGCACCAGCUACACAAGCAUUGCAACACAGCAGAGCAGCAGACGCCAUAUCAGAGCAGAAGAUGGCUUUAGCCAGAAACGCUGUCUCGCCUGGUUCCAUGAAUACACCACGCCUGAUGAGCCCGAGACGCUGGGUCCCGAUGGCAUGGAGAAAUUCUGUGAAGAUAUUGGCGUUGAGCCCGAGAAUAUUGUGAUGCUUGUGCUCGCCUACAAAAUGGGCGCUACGCAGAUGGGUUUCUUCAGUCAGCAGGAGUGGUUAAAGGGUCUCACAGAUCUUGAAUGUGAUUCGACAGCGAAAAUGGUUGUGAAAUUGGACUAUCUGCGCAGCAUACUCAACGAUCCCAACUCGUUCAAGAGUAUAUAUCGAUAUGCCUAUGACUUUGCCAAGGAUUCGGAUCAGCGAAGCAUGGAUAUUGUGACGGCUAAGGCGAUGCUGCAGCUGCUUCUGGGCAAGCAUUGGACAUUGUAUCCACAAUUUGCACAAUUCCUAGAACAGUCCAAGUACAAGGUUAUCAAUAAGGAUCAAUGGUGCAACAUACUCGAGUUCUCGCGCACCAUCUGUAUUGAUUUAUCAAACUACGAUAUUGAUGGCGCCUGGCCCGUUAUGCUGGACGAGUUUGUGGAGUGGCUGCGUUUGCAACGUGGCUUAGUCAUUGUCAGUUCGGGAUCCAGCUGAGAGUGCCUGGAUCGCAUACUUCUAGUUAAACUUUAGAAAUUCAGUAGUGUCCACCAGGAGACCAGCGGAAGACACACCCAUACGAACUCACACAGAGCCCCCAUUACACGCGCUAACUCAACACACACAAACAUACGUACACCACGAAAGAGACACAAGGCACUUGAGACUGCGUAAAACUGGCAAAACAAACCAACUAUAAAACUACACUAUUGAUAUAUAUAUAUUAAUAUAUUUAAUGUAAUAAUUUAAUUGUAAACAACAUUUAAAAACAAACUGCAUAAAGUGUUACUUUUAAGGCAUCACCGAUACAACAAAUGGGCAACAGUUUUAAGACAAAGGAACUUCUCAAUCCUCGAAAUAGCAGCUAAACCCUGAAAACCCCAACAGCAGCAGAAAGAUAAACCACGAACAGUAAAAUAAUAUAAUAAGACAAACUUAUUAUGAAUAGAUGUAAAAAUCGCAUAGUCCAAACUAGUAAGAGAAA